AUGGUUGGGGUACCGGGCAGGUCCCAGGGAUGCAUUACAUGCAGACGUCGGAGGGUGAAGUGCGACUUGAGGGCACCGCACUGCAAGCGAUGCUACAAAGGUGGAAAGACUUGCGAAGGUUAUGAGCCUUACCGGUCUUUCGUGAACACUUUCUUCGACAGCUUCACAGACCACGAUGUCAGCGAGAUCGAUUGGGUCAAGCUUGAGGGCGGGCACCAGUACGAAUUCGUCUUCGAGAACGAUGUGAUGCAGCCUCAGAAUCCGUUUGCGAGCUAUGCCUGCUUUAAGAACAGCGUACAACUGGGUCUAUGGGACUGUCAUAUCUUGCAGCGAUUGUUCAGCAAGCAGCACUGCGAUAACAUACGACCAUGGGUCGACGCAGUAAUGCAGAGCAACAGGACAUCGGUCGGCCGAGACGCCAUCCUGGCGCUUGCACAAUCGCUCGCCGCAAGAGAAUAUGGAGCCGAAAAGGAAGCGGCAGCAGCCCAAUACAGUCGAGCGAUCAAUCUCCUGCAUAGCAACCUCACAAACGACGAGUGCAAAGAUGACCUUAAUAAUCUCGCCGCUAUUGUUAUCUUCUAUUACUACGAGAUGACUUCGGCUACACACAUGGAUGGUUGGUCGUUCCACGCGGCAGGAAUGGCUCAUCUGGUAGAGCUGAGAGGACCAGAAAGCUUUCAGAGUGGAGCCGCAAAAUCAUUAUUCAUCAUUUGUCGUUUCAAGAUUAUCUACCAAGCCCUCCUUCUACGGAAGCGAACGUUUCUCUCACAACCUAAAUGGAAAACCGUACCGUGGCAAGGGACUUCAUCCGAUCCAAAGAACCACAUACAGCGCCUGAAAGACACGUUCGCCGACAUCCCUGGCCUGCUCGAAGACGGUGACGCGCUUUGUUCGACUUGCUGCGAUUCACCCUCAAGUAAUAACUCCCUCGCCAUCAAAACACACAUCGACAAUCUAGUCAACGCUUUCCAUAGCUUACUAAUGUGGCGAAAUGCAUGGGAAAAGGACUUUCCUAGCGCAGUGAGCGAGAUCCCCGCUACAAAAGAAUCAAACUUGCAACAUUUCGCCAACGAGGAAGUCCCACAUAGGACAGUGUAUUGGUUCGAGAACAUACGACGGGCAAGGGAAACGGUCUUUUUCUACGGAACGUUGCUGCAUCUGCUUGACGAGAUGGUUGAAUGGCUGGGCCCGAACGCGGCGGGUCUCGCGCUAGGAUCAAUAUCCCAGCCAGAAGCGCCACCCACGAGAUCUCCUCUGAUGUCCUUCCACGACGGCAUGACAAGGACUCACGUCUGCUCGGAAAUCUACCGCUUCCUGGACUACCUUCUCGACGGCCCAGAUCCAGUCAGCGGCGCGGUGCAGUUGGUGUAUCCUCUGCGAGCCUGUGGUGUUGUGGGCACCUGGAGACUGGAUCGAGUCGACAUGAUCAAUUUCGUACCGAUGCCAAUCUGGGAUAAGGUGGUAAGACUGUCUGGCUUCGAGAUGCUGCACCCUAUGAGAGCGGACAGAGCGGCACCCGCAGUCCCAGCACCGGUCGAGCCUCCGGCAAGCGUGAGCGACGACGAGAUGUCUGUUUUGGAUCCGGCCUUGAGGGAUUCGCCCAUGCAGGACGAUCCGCUUUCUUCGUUGUUCACUUUGGGUACAGAUGAUGACAAGUUUGCGGCGAUAAUGCAAAGCUUUGCAGCUUGA